AUGGAGAUUUCAUCAAAAGAAAAUACUCACUUUUUCUCAAACAACACAGUCUUGCUCGUGGAUCGAUCUUCAUUCAAAUCCGAAUCAUCCUCAUCCAAGGAAAAACAGUCGUGUUGUGGAGGUAUAAAGAUAUUUCUUGGUGCAUUGUCUUUUGUUUAUUUUGCUAAAGCACUGUCAGGAAGUUAUCUAAAAAGUACUAUCACUCAAAUAGAAAGAAGAUUUGACAUCCCUUCCUCUUUGGUUGGUGUUAUUGAUGGAAGUUUUGAAAUUGGGAACCUCCUAAUCAUAAUUCUAGUGAGCUACUUUGGAGCAAAGCUUCACAGGCCAAGAAUAAUUGGAGCAGGCUGCUUAAUUAUGUCAGCUGGAACAUUCCUAAUUGCAAUGCCCCAGUUCUUCAUGGGAAGAUACAGUUAUGAAAGAUUCCCUUCCACCAUCAAUUCCACUGUCAGCCUCUCUCCAUGUCUGCAGGAUAAAGGCCAAACUCCACUCUCAGCCUUGGAGAAAUCUCAAGCGAAAAUAAAUGCAGGGUGUGAAAAAGAAGCAGGCUCUUCCAUGUGGAUUUAUGUUUUACUUGGAAACCUUCUGCGUGGAAUAGGUGAAACCCCUAUCCAGCCCCUGGGAAUUGCAUACAUCGAUGAUUAUGCUGUCAAAGAGAAUGCUGCCUUAUAUAUUGGCUGUGUGCAGACAGUGGCAAUUAUAGGGCCAAUAUUUGGCUUUCUCCUGGGAUCCCUGUGUGCCAAACUUUACGUUGACAUUGGCUUUGUAGAUUUGGACAGCGUUGCACUCAGUCCCAAGGACGUGCGGUGGGUGGGGGCGUGGUGGCUGGGCUACCUGAUAGCUGGAGUGAUCAGCGUCCUGGCUGGCAUCCCCUUCUGGUUCCUGCCCAAACACCUCACCCAGCCAGAGAGCAGGAAGGACUCCAGCACCUCUUCUGAGCACUCCAAGUUCAUCAUCGAGGAGAACAAGGACCAGGGCGCAUCCUCUUGGCAGCAAGCGAAGCUUGCAGAGAUGGCAAAAGACUUCUUGCCAUCACUGAAGAACCUCUUUGGGAAUCCAGUUUACAUUUUGUAUUUGUGUGCAAGUAUUAUUCAGUUCAAUUCUUUAAUUGGCAUGGUGACAUAUAAGCCAAAGUAUAUUGAACAACAGUAUGGGCAGACAUCUUCAAAAACUAACUUUGUUAUAGGUCUUAUUAACAUUCCUGCUGUGGCCUUUGGCAUAUUCUCAGGAGGUCUGAUCAUGAAAAGGUUCGGAGUCGGUGUUUUAGGGGCUGCAAAGCUUUCCUUGGGAUCAUCUUUCCUUGGUUACCUUUUGCUGCUGUCGUUGUUUGCGAUGGGCUGCGAGAACGUGGAGGUGGCCGGACUUACUGUGUCCUACCAUGGAGCCAAACCAGUGAGUGAUCACGAGCAAGCCCUGUUUUCAGAGUGCAACUCGGGUUGCUCCUGUUCCAGGAACGACUGGGACCCCAUCUGUGGGGAGAAUGGAGUUACCUACGUGUCCGCCUGCCUCGCUGGCUGCCAGGCAUCCAAUGGCACUGGGAAAAACACCGUAUUUUUUAACUGCAGCUGCGUGGGAACCUCUGAAUCUCCACAAAGCUCCUCGGCUGUGGUGGGAUCAUGUCAAAAAGGAAAUGAGUGUCCCAAAAUGUUUCUGUAUUUUCUAGUAAUAUCAGUUAUCACCUCAUACACUUUGUCUGUAGGUGGCACACCUGGAUACAUACUACUUCUAAGAUGCAUUAAACCCCACUUGAAAUCAUUUGCACUUGGUAUCUAUACCCUGGCAAUAAGGGUACUUGCGGGGAUCCCAGCACCAGUGUAUUUUGGAGUAGCCAUAGACACCACUUGCCUGAAAUGGGGAAGCAAAAGAUGUGGGGGAAGAGGAGCCUGCAGACUCUAUGACUCCAGUGCACUCAGGAAUGUGUACCUGGGGCUGACUUUGGUCUUGGGCACGGUGUCCAUUUUCUUCAGUGUUGCUGUCCUUUGGGUUCUCCGAAAAAGGUCAUCUCCACAAGAUGAGACCCUCUCAGCCAACGGGGAGAGAGGCACCCGUGGGACAAAGAGCAGAAAAGAUAAUUUUUUCAAAAGUGACCAGUUAAUUCAGUCAACUUACUGGCCAGAAAAGGAGACCAGACUUUAGGAAAACUGAGAUCUCCACCAUGAUUUUACCCAGUGAGUAGUGUUCCAGGCAAAAGUCCAUCAUCAGUGAAGC